AUGCUCCAACCCGGCCGGCCCGCCUCAACCCCCCACGCCAUCACCACCGCCGAAUGGUCGCGAAACCGCCUAAUCGCCUACAUCUCUGGCACCGCCCUAAUAAUCCUCUCCUCGCCCACUACUCUUCUACAAACACUCUACCACGACCACCCCCUCACCGCCGUAACCCUCGACCCCACCACCGGCGCCAUCGCCGUCUCCUCCACAAACACAGCCCACAUCUACCACCCCGACAACCGCGGCGAAGGCCUCCUCACCUGGUUCCUCCACACUACAAUCACGCUCCCGCCCCCCGACGGCGCAAUCACAUCCCUCUCCUGGUCACCGACCGCUGAGCUCCUCAUUGGCUCACACUCCCUCUCCCUCUGGUCCACCACCAGCACCAUCCCCACCAGCACCCCGCUCUGGCGCCGCCCGCUCGCAAACCCCUGCCACACCGCCACCCUCUCCCCAGACGGCACCCUCGCCGCCUCCAUCGGCGCCGCCGACCGCCUCGUCAAGGUCUGGCGCCGCGUCAGCAUUGGCAGCGAGUCCCUCCAGUUCGACUACACAUACCUCCCGCACCCGCGGACCGUCAGCGCGCUGCACUGGCGCCGGUGCGCGCGCGGCGGCGGCGCAGCGGACGAGAACGUGCUGUACACGGUGGGCGUGGACGGGGUGCUGCGCGUGUGGGCGCCCGUGUGGCCGCACGAUGUGGGGGUGCUGCAGCUGUGGGGGGUGGUGGACCUGACGUUUGGCGGUGUGGGGGCGGGGGCGCGGUUCGCGCUGGUGCUGGAUAGCGGGUUGGUUGCGGUUGCGGCGGAGACGGCGGUGGCGUGCGCGGGCGAGAAGGAGAAGGAUAUGGAGGUGCUGCAGAGGCUCAUUGAGGUUGCGAGGCGCGGGCCAGAGGUGGUGCUGGCGUUUGAUGAGAAGGGGGGGAUGUCGGCGUGGGGGGUGGAGAAUGUGGGCUGUAGGACGAGGAAGACGACGAAUGUGUUUAGCAUCCUGGAGGGCGCCGAGGGGUCGGGGCUGGAGCCGUUUCUGCAGGGCGCGGAGGGGGGGGAAGGGCCGUUUGUGUGUUUCCAGGCGUGGGCUGGCGGGAAAGGCCUGAACGUGCUCGCGCACGUCUUUGACGGGCGACUCUGCUGGUUUGAGGCUCGGAUCGACCGACUGCUCGACCUCUCGCCGCGCGGGAAGAGGAUGGAACUGCUGGGCGUGCUCUCGGGCCACUCGACGCCCAUCGAGACGCUGGUGCGCACGGCCGACGGAAAGGCCAUGAUCACGCUCACGAGCGACAACGAGCACAUCGUGUGGACGCAGCCCCGGGGCGACUAUUUCACGCUCAACAGGCAGAGCUCGCUGAAGCCGGAUAUGCAUGUGCAUAGAGCGGUGGUGUUGGAUGACGGAAAACUGGUAAUGACGAUGCACCAUGAAUGUGUGGUCCUCUGGAACACGAGACGGCAGCACGCAAAGGAGAUAUCGCGUCUCCCGUACAGCUCAAAGGGGAAGAUGCUCUGUCUGCUGCUCCUGCCAGAGGCAAAAGACACCCGUGAGAAGCUCCAUGUGGUGGGCCUGACCUCAGAGAUGAAAGGUAUAGCCUGGGAGAUCAGCACGACGACCUCACCGCCGAGCCUGCGUGAAUUCACAACCUUUGAGCUGGACCACGACGAGGACCUGCUCAUGAUCCUCCCAGUGGACCCCGUCGGUUGGAACGCCACCAUCUCCCCGUCCAGCACCCUCGACACCUUCUCCCGCGAAGUCGCCACCACCGUCAAUGCCUCCGGGUUGCUCAAGUCCUUCACCGCAAAGCUCGCGCCCACCGCCACACCGCCCACCCUCCACUGGCUCCCCACCAGCACCGUCCCCACCGGCAUCCCAAACCCCGCACUCGCCAAGGGCAACUCCAUCCGCAAGAUCGCACUCGUCAACGCCUCGCGCAGCACGCUGACAAUCUGGGACUCGCGCGCGGCGCUGCUGGAGCACACGCAGGCCUUCCCGACCGCCGACGUGAUCCGCGACCUCGACUGGACCAGCACGCCCGACUCGCAGAGCAUCCUCGCCGUCGGCUUCCCGCACCGCGUCCUGCUGCUCUGCCAGCUGCGCUACGACUACCUCUCGCACGGCCCCUCAUGGGCCGUCUUCCGCGAGAUCAGAACACGCAAUCUCACCCCGCACCCUAUCGGCGACUCGCUCUGGCUCGCGAACGGCGGCCUCGUCGUCGGCGCGGGGAAUCAGCUCUUUGUGUACUCGCGCAAGCUGCCGGCUGGGGAGCAGACCACCACCAUCACCGACACCGACGGCGGCGGUGCGGAGCUGGGGCUGGCGGCGCACCAUAAGGGACGCCUCGACGACGUGUUUGAGAUUGUGAGCGUCCUGAAUGGGCCGGUGCCUGUGUACCAUCCGCAGUUCCUGCAGCAGUGUAUCCUGGCGGGCAAGAGCGCUCUGGUCGAAGAGAUACUGGUGGCGCUGCACAAAGCGCUGCGCACAUGGCACGAGGAGAUCCCGCUGGACAACCUCCUCGAGAUCCCGAUCGAGCGCUUCCUCGUCCCCGACGACGACACCGGCGGCGGGGGCGGGGGUGGGAGUGGUAAGGCGGCGGCAGGCAGCUUCUUCGACUACCUCGCCGAAGAGGAGUUUAGCAGCUUCGACGAGUCCCUCGCGGCGUCGCUGUGCGCGCUGCUGGUCAAGAUUGCGAUUCCGGCGCUGACGGGGAGCGAGCAGAUCAUGCUGGCGGGCAUCAUCGAGUGCGUGGGGCAUGUGCGGCAGCACCGGCGCAGCAUCGACGAGAAUGCGGCCAGGUAUCUGCUCUUCUAUAAGCAGAGCGCGCUGAUGCCGCUGCAGCGCGGCAGGAAGGAGCGCGGGGGCGGGGGGAGGGGCGCGGUGAUGUUGUACCGUGAGGUGGUGUGGGCGUUUCAUAGCAGCUCGCAGGAGAUCCUUACGGACAUUGUUGGCCGUAGCGGGGGGAUGACGUGGGCUGCGGCGAGGGAGUGUGGGAUCUUUUUGUGGCUGAGGGAUGAGGGUGCGGUGAAGAGGCAGAUGGAGGUUGUGGCGAGGAACGCGUAUAAUAGCACUGAUGAGCGCAACCCGGUGCAUUGUAGUCUGUAUUAUUUGGCGCUGAGGAAGAAGGCGGUGCUGUUGGGGCUGUGGCGGAUGGCGGGGUGGAACCGUGAGCAGGUGGGGACGAUGAAGCUGUUGGCGGCGGAUUUUGGGCUGGAGAGGUGGAGGACGGCGGCGAAGAAGAAUGCGUAUGCGUUGUUGGGGAAGAGGAGGUUUGAAUACGCAGCAGCCUUCUUCCUCCUCGCCGACAGCCUGAAGGACGCCGUCAACGUCUGCCUCGACCGCCUCGACGACCCCCAGCUCGCCAUCGCCAUCGCCCGCGUCUACGGUGGCGACGCAUCACCCGUCCUGCAGUCCCUGCUGGAGCACCGCAUCCUCCCGCUCGCCGCAGAGCAGGGAAACCGCUGGCUCGCAUCAUGGGCCUUCUGGAUGCUGCGCAAGAAGGACCUCGCCGUGCAAUCACUCCUCAUGCCACUCCACACCCUCCUCCCCAGCCCCACGGCCGCAUCGCAGCUGUUCACAUCCGACGACCCCGCGCUCGUCAUCCUGUACUACCAGAUCCGCGAAAAGACGGUACAGACGCUGCGCGGCGCGGCGCGGAUCAGCCCUGCGGCGGAGAGCGAGUUUGUGCUGCAUACGGCACGGCUGUAUGAUCGCAUGGGGUGUGAUUUGUUGGCGCUGGAGCUGGUGAGGAAUUGGCGCUUUUUGCCGGGGGAUACGGUGGGUGUGUUGAGGGGGGAGAGGGAGAGGGAGAGGGAGAGGGGGAGGAUGGGGAUGGGGAGGAGGAGGGGGUCGGUGACGGUUGUGGAUAUGGAGGUGGGGGGGGUGGGGAUGGGCAUGGGGGGGAUGGGCAUGGGGGGUAUGGGCAUGGGGGGUAUGGGCAUGGGGGGUAUGGGCAUGGGAGCGGGGGUGGGGGGUGGGGCUGUGGGCGUGAGGCCGCCGGUGGCGGUGUUUCAGGAGCCGGAUAUGAGUUGGGCGUUUUAG